UUUUUAAUUUACUUACCGCAUCGUCGAUCUGCGUUAAUAUAAUUUUCAUUUUCCGACUGAAUAUUGUUGUAAGUGUUCGUUGCCUGUUUGGGGGGAUGGAACCCUACGUUCACCACGACCGGAAGUGAUGCUUACAGGAAGCGAAGGGUGGCGGGACAAAUAGUUCAGCAAGCAUACGUUUUAAACUUUACGUUUCAUACGACUAAUACUUGCGGGGGUGGUAUUUAUAUUUCGUAACAAAGUCGUGAGGGCAUACCGCCAAGAGCUGGAACAGCCCAGGCAUGAGUGGCACGCACCUGGACGAAUGGCAGAGGAGGUCCUUUGACAUUUCAUCUGGCAAUUGUACACCUGAACAGACGGCCGAUGCCUACCGGGCCCACAUCCUCUCCAUUCAGUAUGCAUGGGCAAGUUCCAACCUCUCUGAGGCCGCCAUGGGUAGCCUGCUCAGGACCUACUCAGAGCGCUAUGCUGCAGUGCUGGACUCAGAUGAACCCCGCACGGGGCUUAACAACUAUGCAGAGAGCGCGCUUCAUCUGGCCCGUAAUCAGAAGAAUCACAGCGUCAAAUGGGAGUCGUCCCUCACCUUGGAGCACAUGCUCGACUUGCCCUGCGUGCAGAAGAUGAUUCAAGCAAGUGCAGGGGGAGAUGGCUCCCUUGUGGCACCAGCAGAUGUUAACAUAUCUGUUGGACAAGAGAGCAGCAACAUCAGCAGCUCCUUGUCUGCUUCCACUGCUGCAGGCAGGUCAGGGGGCACAACAUUCAGACUUGAUUGUCCACCACAAGCCAAAAUAGAGGUUAAUAGCCUAGCCACUGUUUCUGUAGAUCGACCAAAAACCUCUGAGUGCCUGUCAGAUAAUACCUACUCAUCAUCCCGUCCAAACACCAGAGUACAGCCGGUGUUUAGUCAUCCCCCAUCAGUUCCUCCUGAGAGCAACAUGCGCCCUGUAGGCAGCAACUAUCAACCCGGCUUCUUUCCUACCUCCAAUCCAUCGAAGCGGAAGAAUUUUUACAAUCCAGAUGCAAGUGAAGGCAGGGGGCCACAAGCAGGGGGUGACAUAAGACCCCCAUGUAACUUCAAAUCAGCCCGUGAGCAGCUAAUUGUGGAUCAACAAAAGAAACAUUUCCAUCAGCCCCAAAGAGGCGCGGGUUCUGCCGCGGCAGCGACUGUGAAGAAAUCCCUGGGAGCUAACAGGCCUCGAAAUGCUUUUCCUAAAUUUGUGUCGCCUAUGCCGCGGCAGGACGAAGAGGAGGGUGCGCCAAGACCUAACUCCAACCAUGAACAUCUGAAAAACUUUGAGCCAAAGAUAGUGGAGUUGAUCAUGAGUGAGAUCAUGGACCACGGGCCCCCUGUGGUGUGGGAGGACAUAGCAGGCCUGGAGUUUGCUAAGACCGCCAUAAAGGAGAUUGUUGUUUGGCCAAUGUUGAGACCUGACAUCUUUACAGGCCUCCGGGGUCCACCUAAGGGAAUCUUGCUGUUUGGACCUCCUGGGACUGGGAAGACGUUAAUAGGCAAAUGUAUUGCUUGCCAGUCAGGUGCCACGUUCUUCAGCAUCAGCGCGUCAUCGCUCACAUCCAAAUGGAUGGGUGAGAGUGAAAAAAUGGUGCGGGCCUUAUUUGCCAUCGCCCGCUGUCACCAACCUGCUGUCAUUUUCGUCGAUGAAAUUGACUCGCUGCUGUCUCAGCGCACUGAUGGCGAGCACGACUCCUCACGCAGAAUCAAGACGGAGUUUCUGGUUCAGCUGGAUGGUGCCGCCACGGCUGCAGAGGACCGCAUCCUGGUGGUGGGUGCCACCAACCGACCUCAGGAAAUAGACGAGGCUGCCCGUCGUCGCUUCGCCAAGAGGUUGUACAUUCCCCUUCCCGAAGGUCCCGCCCGGCAGCUGAUCGUAACCAACCUCCUGUCUCGAGAAAAGAACCAGCUGAGAGCAGAGGAGCUGGAGCGCAUUGUAGCAAACACAGACGGCUUCUCCGGGGCAGACAUGACACAACUGUGUAGAGAGGCAGCCUUGGGACCCAUUCGCAGCAUCCAGCAAGAUGACAUUGCCACCAUCACGCCGGCUCAGGUACGGCCAAUCCUCUACAGCGACUUCCAAAACGCUCUGCAGACGGUGCGGCCCAGUGUCUCAUCUAAGGACCUGGAACUGUAUGAGGAGUGGAAUAAGACAUUUGGAAGUGGUCGAUAAUGGCCUUAAUUCAAGAAAAUACACCUUUAAUUAACACUUGUGGCUUGGAUUUUACAUCGCUUCAUAAAUAAUUGCCAUCGUCGGUGACACGUGGAUAAAUAUUCCUUCGCUGGCAACUAAGCGCACAUUGCUGUUUAAGUUUAGUUAUUUUGUUUCUGAAAUACUAAUAGGAUGUUCACAAAUGUUCCAAUGUAAGACUUAUUUAAAGUUUGUGUUGCAGUUUUUUUCAAAAAUUUAAUAAAAUAAAAGGCAUACAGCACUGUAAGCCUAUACUUUUUUUUAAGCAAUGCAUAUAGAAUAAACCACUGUAUUGUGUCAAACAUAUUUGCCUCUUGAAUCUGUCUGACACUGGCAAGCACGCUUCAAAAGAUGGAUGUGUUAAUCUCCACGGAAAUUGAGUAACACACAGUAUCCUAAGAACUGUCCUCUUGCGUUCCUCUCUUCCUCUUAUUAAUGAAGACAGCAGUGGACAGCACAGGACAAUCGUUACUGCAACACAUCCCGCUCAGUGAGCAAUUCUUCCACAAUAUUCAGAGUACUGACUAACAUGAUUCCUCCCACGUUCCUGCCCACCAGUCUUAAGAAAGUGAAGCUGACCGCAAUCUGAUGAAGGGUUCUCAGCCAAGGGCCUCGUCAGUCACACGCACACCCCUCUGCAAGGGGACAAUUAUAGAGUGCAUAAAAUUGUCAUGUAUUUUUAAUGAAAUGAUCUUUGCAAAUCUGGAAGGCCAUGAAAAAAGACUUUCAUUUAUUUUUCAUCUUUUUGUCAAGCCCCUCAUAAAUAUUGAAGACUUGUGUGGCUGGCCACUGUAUUUAAACUUUGUUGGUUUCGCCAGCAGCGACGUUGGUCACACAACCCCCCCACCCCUCCAGCUGGCAUCACGGGGACUCCUCACAGCUGGACUGGGACAGAUGCACAGAAUUCCUCUGGUGCUGCUUGGGAUCCGCUGAGUAUGGACUCCAAACUGUGACAUAUGGUGUUAGCUUGUUUUCGUAAUUUCUACUGUGGCAAUGCACUAGUAAUAUCUGAGCUUGUUCACGCAAAAGUAUGUACACGCACUAAUAAAGUGCAUAUUUUUAA